CAAGGCCCCACCACCUCUGCGGAGGAUCAAGCCAAAGUGGCUGCACUCAAGGCACAGAUGGCCUCGACAGACCAGCGGUUACAAGGCGACGGGGCCUCAGGGGCUUCAGCCACGUUAGAGUCCAUUCCAGAUGUAGCGAUUGGCGCAGGUCGACAGAAGUACGUGCUGAUAAAG